UUGCCCUGCUGCUUCGCCCUCAGGCGGUGAAACUGCGACUCCUCCCCUCCCCAUCCACCCCUGUCCUCCUCUCCCUCCAUCCUCCCCUUCCUAAGCUGGGAUGGGUCCACAGGAUGACAGCAUUGGUGCUUCUGGCUCUCUGAGCAUUAUCCAAGCCAUGGAAGCCUGGAGGGGUCCACUGGAAAUAGAGAGAAACCCCAGGAGGAAGAUCUUGUCUCUGGACAGACAGGAUGCAAAGAGAGUGUUGGAACUGUAUGUCAAACGCACCCUGAGCAACUGCGAGGACUGCUUUGCUGCUAAGGAAAGACUGCAGGAAGGCAGUGGAGGGCAAGUAAAGAAGACGGCUCGGCUCCAAAGGUCAGCGAGUGACUUCUGCAGGUAUUCAAGCUUCAGAGGCAUUCGGAGGAAAAGCCAGGCAGACAAAGCCAAGGCAAAACAGUCAGAAGAUGCUGGCAGCAAGAAGAAAAAGCAGGUAGCUUGUGGGAGCACUACAGAUGAUGAGCAGAAGCCAAAGGGGAAAAGCUCGAAGAAUGUGCCUGAGGGGAAAAGUCAGUAUUGGGGGAUCAAGACUUUCCUGAAUUUCCUCUUCCGGAGAAACACAGAUGAGCACAGAGAGAAAUCAUGUAGGAAGAAAAAGGAUAAAGAUGCUGACAAGCAGCAGGUGCCCAUGGAAGCUGAAGAGGUUAAGAGAUCCAGAACAGACUUGAAUUCAUCAACGCAGUCUCGUAAGGCCAAUAAAAAGAGAACCAGCUUCAGGAAAGCUUUCGCCUUUAAGAAACUUGUCACUGAGGAGGAAAAGGGGGAAGGGUUGGAAGCAGGAGCUAAAGCAAAGAAAUCCAACCUUCUUCCACUGGAGAACAGUCAGAAGCCAGGUGUGCCAGACACAGAACAACAUGAUCAGUACUGUGCACAGGUUUCUGAGGAGAUAGAACUGAUCAUCCAGAGCAAUGAAUCCAAGGGGAAGAAAGGACACAGUUACCACGAGCCACCAAAACCUGUUAGCGCUAAUGAAGCUGAGGAAGCCAUAAGAAGAAUUGUUUCCUUCCUUGAGAGUGCUGGAGAUGACUGGGAUAAGAAGAUAAAAGAAGAUGUUGGACUCAGUGCAUUCUUCAGAAACAUCUCCUAUAGCUCCUUCAAACACUUAGCUGAUGUCUACGUCAACAAUGAAGUGACAGCCAGUGCGCCUGAUAGGCAUCCUGAAGAAGUGCAGUUUGCAUUUGCCGUGCACCUGACUGCCAAGGUAGCAGGCAUCUGUAACCAUACUGUGAACAGGAUCAUGGGGUUUGGAAACCAGUACCUCCAGGACUCUUUUGCAGAGUUUUCCUACAACAGGAAUCUCAAGGACAGGGAAAUGUUCAGAGUCAACAGCUGUGAAGGUCCAGACUGAGCAUUAUUACCUGUGAAGGCACUUUCUGAACCGCCGCUGAUGCCUGUGGUAUCUUCUAACUCAGCACUGCCCCUGUGAAGGACACAAAUAUGCUAAUGGAUGUGUGUGUGUGCAUGUGUGUGUGUGGUGGUGUGGGGGGGAACAUCUGUAACAGAUGUACUCCUGAUUUUAGUAUAAUUUUGUGAAUAACGGAUUAAAAAGCCUUUUUAAAAUGUAUAACGUGUGUGUACCUAUGUAAUAUCUAUAGGAUAAAUAGCUAGUGUAUAAUAUAUUCAAUGUAUAUGCAGUGUCUAAUACAAAUAUUACCUAGUUCUGUUCUGUAUUAACCACAUCUCUAUGUAUUAUA